AUGUGCCAAUGGCCGAAAUUAUCUACUAUAUCAUUAGACACAAUAGUUUGUAUAAUAGUCCUUCAGUACUUGAGUGUUUUGUCGACUCCUUUACCUAAUCUUGAUCCCUCCAAUUCCACUCAAAUCCUUGAAUCAUCUGGUUUAUCUCUUUUAUCUACAGAUUUGCUCGGUGAUUCAACAAUUUUGAGUUCUGAUCAGUAUCAAGUCACUAAAAUCGAUGAUAUUAUUAAGAUUCACUUCAACGAUAAUUCAGAAUGUACUGAGAUAAUAAGUAGUAAUAAAACUUUGUGGAAAAAAUCUUCUCGAUUCAAUCAAGUUUUGGUUGACACCUCCUCAGUUGACAUUCAACCUCCAAAUGAUUCAAUAGAUUAUAAUCAUGAAUCUACUGAAUCUUCCAUUCCUGAAACUUCAGAUACUAAUCCUACUUCCUCAUUUGAUUCAUCCAGUUAUUCCAGUCCGGAGUAUUUUGUUCUAAACAAAAGUGUUGCUUUACUUACCAUGUAUGAUAAACGUAUAUUCGUUUAUAAGUCUGGUGUUGAGUGGAGAUCUUUCUUUGAUAUUGUUCCUAAAGUUGUUUCCUUCGACGUUUCUAAAAAGGAUAAUUCACAUAUCUGCCAUUAUUCUAAGAGCGAUAAAAUUAUCACAUACACAACAAAGCACAAUUAUUUAAUUAAUAAAGUUAAUUGUAACAGUUUGUCUUGGGAGGCAUCCGACAAUACUGAAUAUGUUUUCAGAAUUGUUUUGGAUAAAGGAUCUGGAUUUUCUAGAUGUAAUAAUAUUACAUUACAUCUUCUCAACGGUUCGAUACUUCAUGGUGUGAAAGGUAAUUUAGACAUAUUAGACAAAAAAGAUAAAAAGUCCGACCAUAAAUUAUCUGAGAAAAACGUCUGUAUAUCCCUAGAUGUUGAUAUUAGGAAAAGUACGACCCAAUUUCAGCAUAUCCUUGAACAUGAUAUUUCAACCUAUCGACGUAACGAAAACUUCAAGUUCACAAAAAUAAAACAGGGUAAAACAGUUAUAUGGUCUAGUUCUGGAAAUAAAAUUAAUAACUCCAAACUUCGUAGUUCAGCUGAUUCCAAAGAUUCUGAUAACUAUGAGAAUGAAAGUGAUGUUUGUGAUUUUUCCAAAAAGGUAAUGUUUGAUGGUAUUAACCUUAGUGUUUAUGCCGGCUGCGAUAUUAAACAUUUCCAAAAGAGCGGAUCAACCUGGAAAGAAUCUGAUAACAGAAUAUCUUUAGACAUUAAUCAACAGAAGUCAGACUUCUUUUUUACAUUUGAUUGUACAUGUAAUGUUAAGACUUACAAAUGCAAUCAAAACUUUGAGAUAGAUAGAGUGAUAGAAUCGAAAAAAAUCGGUUCUCCUAAUGUUAUUUGGGAAUCCUCUGGAACCCAUAAAUCUAUUUUUGGUUAUAUGGUAGUUAUUAAGGCUAACCUACUGUCACUUUAUUUGCCUAACGAUGUUUUGCAUUUUUUAAAAAUUGAAAAUGAAUGGACCCAUAGAACAUCGGAACUACCUGUAGAAGGCGCAAUGUUAAUUAAUGAAAACUAUCUACAUAAAAGUGUAACUCUUGCUUCUUCUACCAUUUCCCCUAUGAACGAAGAAAAAAAAAUAGAUAUUCUCAGAUUUUUCCUUUAUACCUCUGGUAACCAUUCAUAUACUCUCAAAAAUGAUGAAAAUAAAUACACUUAUACCUUUUCUGAUAAAUCAUACUGUUUCGCCAUCAAAUAUGAACUUGACGUUUUCUGGAAGCAUUCAUCAGUUAUUGGAAGAAACUAUAAUCCUUAUUCAACUGAUCCAUAUCCAGAAAAAAUAGUUGUUCAAAUAGUCAAUAGGACUGUUUCCUUAAUUUUUAAAGAUUACAAUCUUGACUAUAUACAAGUUAAAGGUUCAUGGAGACUUAAGGAUCAGCCAGAUAUUGAACCAGAAUAUUUAUAUGGUCCUCCAGAAGAAAAAUUAACUCUAAUAACCUUAAACCUUGAUUCAACUAUAAAUACACCUGUGUCCUACCAUAUACAUGACUAUUUCCAUACAUACACCCCUAAAUACGGUCACGGCAUAGACAAAAUCAUUAAAGGUGAGAAUGUUAUUUGGGAAGGCAAAAAUAAUGAGUCAGCAAUCAAGGUGGUAAUGAUCAAUCAUCCAUCAACUGAUCAGUAUCUAUCAAUAUUAAUUACCAAUGGAAAUAAUUUGUUGCUGUAUAAGCGUGGUAAUGAUAUGUCCUGGAAACAUUACACUCAUAAUACUAAAAGAUUUUUUUCUAAAAUUAAAAUGUUUUCUUACGAAGAAUCAGGUCUAGAGCAUUUGAGAUUAGAUCAUAAUCAUUUUAAGCCUGAUUUAAGAGGCAUGUUAUUUGGAGUGAGAUUUAAACCUGGAAUUAGAUGUAUUAGUUUAACCCAUAAGGAUAUGACUAUGUGGUCACAUACUGAGGAUCCUGAGUUUGGACACGCAAAGGGACUAUAUUAUGACCUUUUAACGAACAAAUUCAAUUUAAUAAAUAGUGAUGAUCAGAUUAAGGUAUUAGAACUACCUGAAAAGCCACUUAUCAAAUUAAUCCUUGAUAUUAACACUACUCAGUCUACUAGUGAGCUCGAAUAUACUGACAAGAAUGGUGUCAUUACAUACACUGCUAAGGAUGGCCAUGUAUUUUCUAAGCUUGCUAUGGGAUCUACUGUUUUUUGGGAAUCCAAAACUGAUGUCUGUGGAACCAAGGUUAUAUUAACUGAUAAACAAAAAUUUUUUUUGUCAAUUCUGCUUCAGAAUGAUACUUUUGCAUUUCUUAAAUUAUCUGAAUAUAAGACAUGGAUAGAUCUAACCAGUCUGAGAUAUGAUGUUAGUAAACUUAAAUUCAUUGGUGAGAAUGAUGUUUUACUCAAACCAUCGCAAAGAACUGUAACAAUUGAUGAUCACUCAUUUCAUUAUUUAUUUCAUGAUGAAGUCAAGUGUCGUAAGAUAAUUUAUGAAGAUGAUGAGGUUUGGAACCAUGCUGAUGAUACCCAGUUUGCAGAUAUAAAAUCAUUUUCACUAAACCUUAUUUCAAACAGAUUUUUUCUGAAUAACCUUGGAAAUGAUGUUAAAGAAUUAGAUUUUAUACCUACAAGUAGUCCUGAAUUUGUUAGCGCUGUUACUAAAACGAUUCUUGAUAUUGAUAAUACUCAGUCUACUAGUGAGUAUGAUUACACUCUUGCACUUGGAGUUAAAAAAUUUGCCUCUAAAACUGGUUUUGUUUUUAAAAGAAUUGAAUCAUCAGGUAACCUUAUUUGGGAGCCUAAAGAUCCAAGUGUACAUUCAGUAAGAGUAGCUUUGAACGAUACCAGUGAGAAACCUAAUGAACACUUUUUGUCGGUCGUUGACAAUAACGGUGGGUUUCUUCUUUUCCAAAAAUCAAUUAGUGAUAAUUCUUGGAAUGAUGUAACAGACAGUAGACAUUGUCUCUCAGAGCUUAGGUUCAUAACAGAAAACGGUGUAGAAAUGUCCAUGAAUCAGUAUACUAUAUGCCUUUAUUACUUUUCAUAUUCUUUUGCUUUUGAUAAGGGUUAUGAUUGUUCUCAAAUUAUCUACGAAGAUAAAGUUAUUUGGAACAAUGAAGAUCAUCCUAAAUUCGGUUCUAUAAAAGAAGUAUAUUUACACAUGAUCCCAAAUAAAGUAUUUUUAAGGAACCAUGAUGAUAAAUAUAAGAGAUUACAUAUACCAGAUUUAUUUGGUAUAUCCACUCCAACUCCAAAAAAAACUGAUUCUGAGGAAACUCAACAAUCAACCAGUUCAGGUGUAACUCCUAAAAUAGUUAUUCAAGCACCUGUUACCACUGACAAAAAAACUAUAGUACAAGAGCAUGCUACAGGUAAAAUGAUGAGUUUAGAUAUUGGCCAAAAGGAAAGCGGUGAAAAUUUUGAGGUGAUAAAGAAAGAUAAUAUUGCAACAUUCACAGCAAAAUUUGGUUACGGGUUUAAUGUUGUUACACACAACGGAAUUGAAAUUUGGAAAACGGAUGAUAUUGAGAACUAUUCUUUUAAAGUUAUAAUUGACGGUGUUUCUACUUUUAGAAGUACCAAAAAUAUAAGUUUAUAUUUGGCUAAAGGAGAUCUGAAACAAUUUUAUAAAUCAGAUGUCUGGAUGGAAAAAUCUAGUAAACUGACUGUUGAUCUCAAGAAGAUAGAAAACACCAACGAAUAUGGAUUCUCGACAGAAGACAUCUUUACAACAAUUUUCACAAAAUAUAGUUACUCAAUAAACAAAUUAGUACAUGAUAAUAAAGUUGUUUGGGAAUCCCAAAAUGAUUGUGAUACAAACAAAGCAGUAUUUGUACAAUCUAUUAAUGAAGAGAAAUUUCUGGCCAUACUUAUGAGUAGUGAUAUACUUGUACUAUUACACAGGCCUUUAAAGAAUAAAACGUGGGAAGAUAUCACUGACACCAGGAAUAGUAUAUCAGAUCUUAAGGCUUUCAAGGAUGAUGACACUGAACUUGAUUCGAGCCAAUAUAAAUUAGAGUUAAAUGAGUUUUCAUAUGGAAUUAAGUUUAAUUACAUUGUCAAGUGUAGUAGGAUCAUGUAUAAAGAUAAGGUAAUUUAUAAUUAUGAUGGAAACAAAGACUUUGAAUUUUUAAGGGGAAUAUAUCUUUAUCUAUCUUCAAACAGGUUUUAUAUUGUGGGUCGUGAAAACGUAACUAAAUUACUAGGCGGAGAAAAGGAUUUAAUAACCUUGGAUGUCAAUAAAAAACAAAGCACAAUUGAAUAUCAAUUUGUGGAGAAGACAAAUUUUUCAACUUUUACAUACAGGGAUAGUUUUCUUUUUAAUAAAAUUACUUAUGAUAAUAAACUUGUUUGGGAAUCUGAUAGUGACAAAGAUUAUUCGUACAAAGUCGUUUUAGAUAGUGGAUCUGGAUCUUCUAGUUUAAAAAACAUCACUGUACAUUUAGUUAGCGGUAACGUUUUCCACUUUUAUAAAGCUGAUAGAUUUUAUGAAAAAACUAAAUGGGUUAAUAAAUCUAAAACUCUUAUACUAGAUAUCGAUAAAUUUGAAGGUACAUUAGACUAUGAAUAUGAACAUGACCUUGAUGAUGAUAAAAGAACAUACAUUCCAAUGAUUGGGAACAUAUUUUACAAAAUAUUGUCAUCAGAAAUGAUUUUUUGGGAUUCAAAAAAUAACACCGAGUUCGUAAACAGAGUUGUUGUAGAUGGCACUGAUUCACAUACCAAUUUCGUUAUAUUAUACCUUGAAAAUAAAACUCUUAGAUAUUUUCAUAAAAUUGAUGGUGCUUGGACUUCAAAAAUUGUAGUAACCCUUGAUAUCAGUAUAGACGAUGAUGGUAAUUCAUUCACUUAUGUUGAGGACUAUCAAAAAAAUAUUGAAGCAUAUACCCCAAGAGAACAAAGAUUAUUCAAUAGAGUUAUAAGAUCUCAUGUUAUAUUCGGAUUUUUUUCUCCAUCUGUUGUUUGGGAAACGGAAGAUCCUGAAGAAUAUGCCACUAAAGUUAUAACGGAUGGUUUUACUUAUGCCUCAAAAAAUAAUGUCAGCAUAUAUCACUCUAAUGGAAAUAUAACACAUUUAACCUAUUAUCGAGGUAAAUGGUUGAGAAAAUCUGACAAAAUAAUAGUUGACAUUGGAUUAGAAGAAAGUACCAUUGAGUUUGAUUAUGAAAAAGGAUUUUUCAAAACAUAUUCUGCCAAACCUGGUUAUUCAAUUAUUAAGGUAAUAGAAUCAGAUAAAAGCAAGUUUUCGUGGAUAGGUGAUUUUUUUUCUUCAUGUUAUGAUCAUUUCACAUGUUGUCUCGAUAUUUAUAGUAUUCGUUGUAAUUCUGGUUGUGUUGCUUCAUUUUCUUGCAGUUCUGAUUGUUGUAAAUCCGACUGUUGUUAUUUCGAUUGUGAUUCUGAGUGUUUUAUUUCAGAAUCUUCCGAAUCAUGCGAAGUUUUUUGGCAUGCCAAAAAUUAUAAUGAGUAUGCAACCGAAAUUAAAAUAAUACCUUAUAAAUCAUCUGAAUAUUUAUUGGUUUUUGUUUAUGAAUCAAAAUUUGUACUAUUUCACAAAGGAGGAAAGCAUAGAGAUUGGACUGAUAUCACAGAGACAAGGUAUAACCUUGCAAAUCUCAAAUUUUAUAAACAAUAUAACGAUUCUGACUAUACUUUAGUUGAUUCUAGCCAAUACAAAAUAACUAACAAAAAUACCUCAUACAUAUAUACCUUUAAAGAUGAUGUUGAAUGUGAUUUAAUUAAAUAUAAUGAUAAAAUUGUUUAUAUCUUUAAUGAAGAGAUUGGAUACCCUGAAAGGAUUCAGUACGACAUCUAUAGAAACACAUUUUAUUCAUUUUUUCCUGAUAAUAAAUGGUUCGAAUUUUACAUAGACCAUGAAGUUAAACUAAUUACACUGCGUCUUGAUCAAAAGGAGAGUACUGAUGAAGUGGACUAUGUAAGCUUGGAUGGUGUAGGUAUAUAUAUACCAAAGGUAGGAUAUAGAUUCAAUUCUAUCACUGAGCAUAGAAUUAGUUCAUGGCAUUUUGAUUUGAUAGAACUUCAAUGUCUUGGCUUUAAUCUUCUUAAAUGUGAAUGUUUUAAUGCUGAAGAUGACGAUGACGAUGAUGACGAUGAUGACGAUGAUGAUGAUGAAGGUUUAUAUGAAUGGGAACUUUUUGGAGAUUCAUUGUUUAGUUUUAAAUGCUUUUAUUUCGGAUUUUGCAAUAUUGAAAUCUCAGAUGAAAUGUUAUAUCAAAAAAUUUAUCCUAAAAUUUCAGGCCUUAACUUAUUUAAAUUUGGUUGUCGUCGUGCUGUAGACCAACUUGUUUGGGAGACAAAAGACCCUUUUGAACAUGCCACUAAAGUUCUUUUGGAUGCAUCUGAAGAGGAUCAACAAACUUUAACCAUCCAUAUGACUGAUGGUACCACGCAAAUUUUCACUAGAGAGGAUAAAGAUGAUGAUUGGGAAAAGGAGGAUGAUGAUGACGAUAAAUCAACCGAUGACGAAUCUGAAACUGACAAUGACUCAGAUAAUGAUGAGAAUAGUAACAGCGUUAAACAAAACAUUGAAGACGAUAUAGUGAAAAAUAAAUGA